AUGGCUCAGAGCAAGCUGAGACGGCCCACGAGAUUGGUCCUGGACUACGACGGGACUCUUACUGUCAAGGACACGAUGGCUGUGCUCGGCGAUCUGCCAAAGCAGCCGAAAAUGUCAUGGCAGGAGAUUGUGGAUGCUUACAUGAAAGACUAUGCUGCCUACAAGAACACUCCGUACCCGUGGAAGAAUUAUGACCGAGAGGAGUACAGCGGCUGGCUUGCUGCUCGAAAGUGGGUUGAGCAGCGCAGUGCACGGCGUGUGCAAGACGCAGCCUUUUUCCGCGGAGUGACCACAGACGACGUCGGGAAGGCUGUCACCAGAUGCCUCGACAACGGCGAGCUGGAACUUCGCCGUGACUGGCAAGAACUGUUCGAGCUCUUCUUGCCUUCUUACAAUGCUCGUGAUGGCACCUUCCUGAACAGCUCCAUCGAGAUUCUGAGCGUGAAUUGGAGCGAGACCGCGAUCCGACAGGCGCUGUGGCAAGCGGCACGGAGAAGCGGCGAAGCCCGUAAUGAGCAGCUCUGCCACUACAUGAACGAUAUCAAGAUCUUCGCCAAUGAGAUCGAAGGCCUUGCAUCUCCAUAUGGCAGCUCAGGCCGAGUCGUAAGACCUCUCGAUGCCGACAUUCGUACGAGUGGAGACAAGCUGCGAUACUUGGAGGUAUCGACUCCGCCAGCUGGCUCCAACCCCUUCACAGUCUACGUCGGCGAUUCUUCGACGGACUUUGACGCUCUGUGUGCAGCUGAUCUGGGCAUCUGGCUCUGCGAUGUUGCAGAAGCAGAUUAUGAGAAGGCAAGUAUGAAAACCUUCAAGCCUUUGAAUUUCAUGCCUCCUCCACUGCAUUCCGUGUCAGCAACGGAAGCCUUCCCUGCUCUCUUCUAUUGGGCUCCAGAUCUUCGAAGCAUUGUCGACGUGCUCUCGAGCGCCUAA